AAAAUUCCAUUCGGGUAGUUUUCAUUGAACUCUCAUAUAUCCUCCAAUUUAAUUUAUAUAUAGCUCUAGCUAGGCAAAUUAAUGAUUAACUCUUUGCAUAAGAAGCAUAAUUUCAUACAUCAUUCAUGGCCUUAAUAGCUCCCACAAUAAAUUCACUUUCUUGUUUUGCUUCUACAAAUCCAAGCAAUUCUCCAACAUCUCUAAUCUCGAAAUACCGCUAGAAGAACGCUGUCAACCUAUAUCUACUCUCCGGCUUCUAGCCGUUUGAAGAAAAUGUGCAAAACUUAAAUCUCAAGAACGUGAAGAACAUACAAGUUUCAAACCGAGAUGAUCCAUUUGAGAGCUUGGAGAUGACCAAUGCCAAUCAAGGUUUAGGCAUUGUGCUCCAUUUUAGACUCGAGAUCGAUCAAAACCUUCACAUAAUUUACAAAGAAUGCACCCAUUUCUAUGCCUGUGAUAUUCAUGAGCUCGCACUUUGCUUUAGAGUGCUGAGACAAGAUGGUCACUAUGUUCAAGAAAGUAUUUUCGAAAACAUCCUUAACAAGAAGGGUAGACUCGAAGACGACCCAAAAGUUGACGUGAAGGUUCUAUUGUAUGAAGCUUUUGAGAUCUUUCUAGAAGACGAAGAAACACAUGAUGGAGUGAAAGAAUUUAUGUUUGACCGCCUUAAUGAACUUUGCUCAUGUCGAAAAAGUCAUCAAGAGCGAGUUAUGAUGAGUACUUUGGCGCAGCCUCGCCACAAAACCUUAAGAAGAUUAACGUCUAACAGGUUCAUAAGCAUGAUCAAAAUUGCGGGUCAAGAAAAUAAAGAGUGGUUUCAAUCUAUAUUGGGAGUGGCUGAGAUUAAGUCCAUUUUGUUGAAGUCCCUUGUUCAUGAAGAAAUGUCUCAAAUAUCAAAAUGGUGGAGAGAGCUUGGUUUAGAAAAAGAGCUGAGGAAGAUAAGAAAUCAGCCAUUAAAAUGGUACACAUGGUCCAGGGAAAUUCUUCAAGAUCCAACAUUAACCGAACAAAGGCUUGAUCUUACCAAACCAAUAUCGCUUGUUUACGUUAAAGAUGACAUUUUCGAUGUUUAUGGAAAGCUAGAAGAACUAAUCAUCUUCACACAAGUUGUUGAGAGAUGGGAUCACAAGGGGCUUGAGAAGCUACCGAGAUACAUGAAGGUUUGCUUUGAGGCUCUAGAUAUGAUCACAAUGGAGAUUAGCAUGAAGAUCUGCAAAUCACAUGGCUGGAACCCAACAGACUCUCUUCGAAAAUCGUGGGCAAGUUUGUGUAAAGCAUUCUUGAUAGAAGCAAAGUGGUUUAAUUCAGGCUACUUACCGAAUACUGAAGAGUAUAUGAAGAAUGGGGUUGUGAGUUCAGGUGUUCAUUUAGUGAUGCUCCAUGUCUACUUCUUGUUGGGAGAAGAACUCACAAGAGAGAAAGUUGAACUAAUUGAGAGCAACCCGAGGAUUGUAUCGUCUGCAGCUACAAUCCUCAGGCUCUGGGAUGAUCUCGGAAGUGCCAAGGAUGAGAACCAAGAUGGAGCUGAUGGAUCAUACAUAGAGUGUUACAUGAACGAGUACGAGGGAUCAACUGUUGAUGAAGCGAGAACACAUGUUUUCCACAAGAUAUCUAAAGCAUGGAAAUGUUUGAACAUGGAGUGUCUGAAUCCAAGUCCAUUCUCAAGAUCAUUCUCAAAAGCUUGUCUCAAUAUUGCAAGAACAGUUCCUUUGAUGUAUAAGUACAACUAUGAUGAUGAUCAACGACUUCUCGGUCUAGACAAAUAUCUCAAGUCUCUAAUGUAAAAAAGUUUACUCGUGUUUGCUCAAUUAUAGAAGUUCAUCCCUUUCGAGUUUCGAGCUAA